UAGUUUGGUCGUACGAAUAGCCUGAAUAUUGAAAAAUGUGGUAUUAUUGAUGUGUGCGUUACUGUAUCUGUCAGAUGGAGGCCGUCAAGGUCAGGCGACCAAAAUUAAAGACUUCUGAAAUAAUCGCUCGUUUGGAAUCAAUUGAUGUGCCUGAUGAUCCUCUUCCAGUUGAGUGUGAGACGUCUGUAAAUGUUGAAGAAAUUGUUUCCCAACCUGAAACUGUUACAGAAACUAAAGAUGAUCCUAUGCACUCAUGUGAAACUGUCACAGAAACCGAAAAAGAUGUCCCUUCUUACCCUUUAUUGCAUGAACUUUUUCCUAAUGACCAUCUGGAACAAACACAGUCACUUAACUCUGAUAUCAAUUCCCCAGUUGCAGAAGAAACCAAGGAGCAGAAAGUGGAGGCUUCUGCACCAGACUUCAUUGAAGAUGUGACUGAAAGCGACAAUUCACUUUUUGAUGCUUUUCCUGCCCCACUCAGCUCUGAACACCUCAGGAACCUGUACAUUAAUCGUUCUGUAGAUAAGCUAAACGAAAUUGAACAGAAUUUUUUGGUGGAGUCUGAGUUUGAAUUAGUUUUAGUUUCUCAUUCGAGUGAAUCUAGUCUUCCUGAAGAUCCGUUCCACCUGCUUAUUUGCAAUUAUGCGGAUAAUUGGGCGAAGUGGUGGCAAUCGAUAAAACGUCUAGAAAAAGUUCUGAAGGAGUCUUUAGAAAUGGAACAGUCGGCGUGGGUAGUAAAAAAAGUUAAGCAAAGUGCCGAGGGUAAAUGUCAUGACAAGAAAACAGUUUAUCUUAAAUAUGAAUAUGAAAAUGCUGAACUCAGUCAAUCUGUGCUUAGUGAAUUAACUGAAAUGAACGAAGUAUCUCGUUGGAUUAUUUUUGAAGAGGUUCCUCUAAUUGCAUACAAAUUGAUUUUAUGCAGAAAUCGUAUUGAAGAAUACUUAGCAAACAUUUUAACACAAUGUUCAAUUUACGAGAAUUUAACUCCAUCACAACCAGGAAUAUUAAUUUGUUCAAAAGUUGAUUCUACGCAUUUAAUUCAAUUAAAAGAGUUACGUUCAACAUGUUCAAUUCUUUUUGCUUGUUUACGUCAAUUUUGGUCAAAUCAAUACGGUGGUCGUACACACGAUCCAACGUUUCUUAAACAUGUAUCUAACUGGUUAAUUUUAACUGCUGGUGUCACGGUUCGUGCAUGUAGACCAGAGGAUCAUAUAUUCAUCCUGAUGCAAUUGUUACGUCUACCCUCAUCAUUGAUCAAAUUGUUUGUGUGUUUAUUACAACCACCAGAUCCAACUGUUGCAUGGGAAAGAACUAAAAAUCUCGUUGAAUUUCUCUACCAACCAGAAGUUGAGCUGAUAUUAACUCUGUUUGCAAUAUGUUUACGACCAGUACGUGAACGGGAACGUUUUGUCACUUCAAUCAACACCACCACCAACAACAAAAACAACUCAUCAAGCAAGCAAACAGAUUCAGAUUCAAAUAAAGAGGAGACACCCUGGACUACAGUUGAUUCAGCCGGUGAAAGUGAUACUGAGGAUAAAAUAGACUUGAGUAAUAAACAGAAAAAGACAUCAAUGUCUAAACUAUUUGAAAUACCUUCUACAACCAACAGUCAAAAUGAUGAUUCAUGCGCUUAUUUAAAUCCUGAUGAUUUAAGCUGUUUACUUGGUCAGUUAAGAAUUGAACGCCUUCUACAACUUCUCGCUUAUGAUUAUUAUACUCCAGGAGACAGACCGUCCAGUGGGGAGUAUCACCAGGAGCAGCAGCCGCAGCAGCAUCAAAUGAUGAAUGAGUCUGGUCUGAUGACAUCGAUUGCAUUCGCUGAUCGUGUAUUAUGUUUAAUUGAAGCUUGUGAAAAAAUCUAUGCAGAUUAUGCUCCACAACCGACUGCACAAACACAUUUAGGUGCAUGGCGUGCUCUAGCUAAACGAUUGGCACGUUUAAUCAGGUUAUUACUCACUGCGGUUGGAUUUCGUAUACAACGUAGAUUAUAUCAACAACAACACAAAUACCAACCGAAUGAAAAUCAAUUCAUAUUUAUGCCUAAUUCACAAGAAUUUAUGCGUAUUCUCUCGCAAUAUGAUGCAUUAUGUCUUCGUGCUGCUCACUGUCUAUUAUUGUCUGGAAGUGGACUACCAGAAAAUUAUCGUAAAGCUGGACAACUUACAUGUUGGCGUAAUCUAGCCGGUACACUUCCAUUAGGCUUAACAAUGAUUAAAUCGAAAAAGGAAUUAUUUUAUAUAAUUAUACAAUCAAUUAUACAAAAUAAUAAUAGUAAUAAUACUAAAAUUAAUGUAGAUAAUAAUAAUAAUAAUAGCAGUAAUAUUUGUAAUUUAAUUAAAGAACAAUUAAUGAAUAAUACAAAUAAUAAUAAUGUGGAGAAUAAUUUGCCUAAUAUAAUAUUGGAUAAAUUACAUCAUAUCUUGUUAACAAGUGGGCUAAAUGAACUUGGUCUGUCUGUAGUGAUAAGUGUAUUGGGCAAAUUAGCAUCGUAUGAAUGUCGACCAAGAAUUGUCUAUUACAAUAAUAAUACUUUGUGUAAGUAUGAAUUACCUGAUGAAGAAGCUGUUCUAAUCCAGUGUAUCCUACGUAUUAUAUUUGGAUUAUCUGUUUAUCAUAGACCACAGGAUGUCAUCAAUGUAAAAACUGGCGGUGGUGUUGGCGGCAGCAAAAUCAGUUCCAAAAGUAUUUCACUUCUCUCCUUAUUGCCUAUAUCACCGAAAUGUGGUUGCAAGCAGUUGACAGAGAUCACUAGUAAACAUCCACAAAUAUGCCUGCGUUUAUUAUUCAGUCUGAUUACAGAAAGUGCUUUAGAUAUUACAGUUAAUCCGACAUUGACAACAAAGUUACACAAUCGGAUAACUCAGUUUAAUCUCUGCCUUACUGACCAAUACAUGCGAGUGGAAGAAAUUCUCUAUCAAUUGGUUAAUGAAGCGCCUUUUCAUAUUAUGCAGCCUGAUAAAAAAGAAUUGGAGUUUUUAAUCAACUCUGUUUGCCAAUAUCCGCCAGAUGCUUUUCUGCACAAAUUGUGUCGUUUAAUGCUAUCCCGUUUCAGUUGGGAUGCUUAUAAAGAUGUACAAUCCGGUGAACCAUUCAUUCCUUUCCCCUUACACUUAAACAUGGCUUUAGGACUAUGUGAAAUUGUUGAUAAACAUAUAUCAAAUAUGCCUCAUUUUAAUAUAUACCGAUUAAUUAAUCCUAUACUGGCGUCAAAUAUAUACCAAUCUGCAAAAUCUUCAGUUAACUUACUGGCAUACAAUUUAACCGAUCAAUUUCUCUCAGCUUUACUCACCACCAGUAGUCAACGUCGGUUACGGAUUAAAUCAAGUGGUGUACAAGCACAAUCAAACAAUCAAUCCGAAUUAUCUCGUCGUACAUAUAGUGUAGAAAAUAUUUCCACUUCCUCAUCUUCGACGUCAUCACCAUUGAACUGUGAUGCUAAUUUAUCAAUGAUUACAGAUUUGAUCCAUUGGGCUGUUGAACUGUUACUUCGACUGUUGCUACCAGGCACAAUUAUUUAUGAUAAUCACUUUUCGUGUAAUUCAAUAAAUUCAUCACUAAUCAAAGAGAGUAUUAACCAAGUUUGGUUUAAGUUAUACGCUUUAAAUGAUGAAAGCAGAAAAACAAAAAAUCAGCACAACAGUAAAACAACAACUACCUCAAGGUCAUCAUGUUCAAUGUUAAAUCCAGUCAGUGCAUUUGUUAUUUUAUCUUUACAGACAGUAAAUACAUCAGCUAUGGGUAGUGAGAAUAGAGGAACAGUUGAUAAUAAUGAUUGCCAGUUUUGGAGACUUGAAUCUCAAACGUUAAACACUCUUAUCCAAUCAAUAUUCUCUUGUAAACACUUUAAAUUAUGUCUACGUAGUUUAUUUAUUCUAUUUAAACAAAUGUCCACAAUAUCAUCAACACCAUCAGCAUUAUUGUCAUCCUUAUGGUCAACGUUGAAUGAAAGUCUUCUUCAUAGUCUAAUCGACUCAUCAUCGCCGUCGCAGCCGCUACCGCCAGCAACACUGGAGACAUCCUUAUCAUCUGAUGAAGAACAGCAGAGAUUACGUCAAUUUUUAUCUAUCCUUGAACAAUUCUCUGAGAAUCCUCUAUUGUCAUCAUCAUCAUCGUCGACAUCGAGAUCGACAGACUAUCGAAUUCUUCUUCCGUAUCUACUGAUUGGCAUGUUCAUCGAGUUAAUAAGAAUGAAUUCCUUGAAUCUUAUAGAUAUCUUGUAUAUUUUACAAUCACUUCUAGACAUACUAUUGAAUAGAAUUGAUUGUUUCAAUAAUGUACAAAUGAUCGUCUUGUUUAAUAUACUACUCACAUUUGAAUAUUGGAGUCGUGUGAAAUUAUCCCCAGUGUUUUUAGCGUCAAGUGGUUCAUCGACUAGCUGUGGAAGUGAUACAAUGUCGACUACUUCCGCUGCUUCUGUCGCUGUUGCUACAGCUCCUCCUAGUGUUUCUUAUCAUAUUAAUAAUAUAGAAGAGUAUAAAGCAAAGUUAAGAUUAAUGAAUUCAACAAUUUAUCAAAAUUCUCAAGUUAAAUUAAAAAAAAUUGAAGAAUUACACACGAAUAACAACAAGUCAUGCAGGGAAUUAUCAUUACAUAAUAUUGUGAAUACAUCAUUGGAAGCAGCAUAUACAUGGGCAUUGUGUCAAACAUUUCAUAUGAUUAAUACACUGAAAUCGAAUAUAUCUAAUGCAUCGACAACGUCAUCAUCAUCAUCACCGUCUAGCUAUGCAAAGUAUAACGCAUCAUCCUCCCAGCAUAAAACGUCAAUUGUUCAAGAAUGUAUAUUAAAUGCUGUAAAUUUGAAAAUUAUACAAACUUAUUCAAAAAAUACUACUACUACUACUAAUAAUAAUGAAUUGAAUCAACCAAGUCUACCCUAUUGGUUGUUGGCAUGGUUACAGUGUGGUGUUUACAUGGAUGAAACGAUGAAUGCUACAAGAAAUAAUAGUAGUAGUAGUACUGAUGCCGAUGAUAAUGGCGGUGGUGUUGAUGACAAUCAACUACCCACUAGCACCACCUGUCAACAUUCAAUCUAUUGGAAACGUGUUACACCGAUUAUUUGUCUUUAUGAAGAUGAACUGAUUACUGCAGGGAAUCAAUUAGUUAGUCAGUCUAAUCGAUCUGUUCAAUCGACAUCACCGCGGAAGGAAUCUGGUGUUUUGUUGCCUGCUGUUAAACAAGUUCUACAAAAAAUUUUGUUUGAAAGUGGUCUAAUUCAAUUAAUACCUACAAAUUCAAUUGACACUGUGUAUUAUAAUACUAAUAAUAACAAUAAAAGUAGUAAUGAUAAGAAUAACACUGGUAGUAGCAACGAACAAAUACAAGAAUGCAGUUAUCUACACCGUCAGUUACCAUCAUCUUUAACUGAUUCAAGCAUAGCUUGGAUAUUUAGUCAAUUUAGUAUUGUUCAAGGUGUUUAUUUAAUGUAUAUGUGUCCUAUUGAAGAUCCCAUGUGUUCAGUGUUAAUUCAUAAUAUACUCUGUCAGAUAUUUAAUCUUCAGUUGGCUUGUUUAAAUGGCGAAUAUCAACAAAUUAAUGUACAUAAAAGUAAAAAUUUAUUUACACCUGGAUUCCUGUUAUUACGAUGUCUACCGUCAUCAUUGUUUACACGUGGUGGACAUUCAUCCUAUCUGCCAGUGUUAUCAUUAUUAUCACCACCGACAAAUACACUAUCAGAUGAUCAACAGUCGUUAUUUCAAUUGGUUAUACAAAAAAUUCGAUUAUUAUCGUCAACCAAUCAAAAUCGACAGCCUUAUAAUGCUUCAUUUACACAUGACUUCAAUCGGCUUAUUGACUUUUUGUGUGAAAUUGACGGAUUAGUAUCACGUUCACCUUUUCUAAAUACGAAUGAUAAUGUCAUAAAUUCAAAGUAUUCACAUUUAUUGGAUCCAGUAUAUCAACAGUCUGUGAUUGAUGUCCUUUUGCUUCAUGUCAACUGGAAUCCGUUAGAUGCAUUAAUGCAUGCAAGCCACUCUCUAUGGAUUACAUAUCAGUAUAUGCCAAAAUCGAAUAUGAAUGUGGAAAAACAUGAAGAUGGUGAUCUAACUGGUCUAUCGACAGUUUCUCCAGAAUCAAGUCUGAUACGCUUAAAGAACGAGGAGUCUUGUGAACAUCGUGUUGAAUUAUCACGUUCAUCAUUUGAAGUAUUAUUCUCCACGUCUUCUUUAAUGACACUGCCUUCGUCAAUCGAUCAAUUUUCAAAAUACAUGAAGGAAAUAACAGAUUCACUGCGUCACCAUUCUAAACAAAUGUGUGAUCGUAUUGAACGAAUUGAACGUCUACAGAAUGAAUUGCAUACAAAUAUUAUCCCGAAAUUGUAUACUCCUAUACGUGUAAAAUUACUUCAAUAUGUUGAAUGUCAAUCAAUUCUGCCUACCUGGAUGCCUGGUUAUCAACCGUGUUCUGGUGGAAGUAAUAUCUCGUGUGAAUAUCAAACAGACAAGUGUGAUGAUCAUAUUCAACAAUUGUAUCAGCUGCACAGAUCUGAUUUAGACAAGUUAAUUAAAACAGCUAUAGAUAUUUCACAAAUUGCAGCAUGUGAUGUUCACAAUUAUUCUAGCGAUUCAUCGAUAUCCUCCUCCACCUCCUGCACAGAUAAUAAGGAGAGAUUAAAUCAGAAUUGGGCAUAUACUGUCUUACAAUUACAAAAUGCAGUCAGCUAUCUCAUACAUAAAUCACGUUUAAUUCAUUCAGAGUUGAGCAGUAACAAUUCAGCAGGGACUAUUACUUCAUCAACAUCAUCAUCGUCAUCAAAUAAUGAAUCGACUUCAAUUAUCAAUCAAUUAAAUCUUGUCCAGUCGACUGGAUUACAAUGUUUUCAACAGUUGUGUCAAAAUCUUUCUGGACAUCUUCUUCAAUGUCCGUUAACUAAACAAAUAUUUGCUAAUUGUGUCGGUGAACUUGCAAAUGAAUUUUUGACUAGUUUAUCAAGUCAGCAUGAAUUGCUACUGGAUAUGUUGGUAGCGUUACCGCAUUUAUCAAAUUUAUUGUGUACCACAUUUAUACCUCCUAAUCCAUGCAGUAAUAAGCCAAAUGAUCAUAAAAGUCAACAUCCCCUGCUGCCAAUCUAUCAACGUUUAAUGGAUAUACGUUUUAGGUGUAAUGCACAAACAGCUUUGAAUAUCCUGGAAAAGAUUAAUUUCAAAGCUUGGUUUUCAUUGGAGGUUAAAUAUUAUAACAAGGAUCAGUGGAAUGAACUCAUACUUGCUUUAUUCAAUUGUAUACAAGAAACAACCCCUCCUCCUACUCCUACUCCAACUACUAAUUAUUCUUCAGGAGUAAAUUCAACCUCCUCCGAAGAGAAUGAAGAUUUGCACAAACUUUGUAUUGUACACUUGAAAACACUUAUUUCAAAUCAUUAUCCAGAUAUGUUUAUUUUAGCAUUUCAAUUAUUACUACAAGAUCUUAGUAAUAGUAAAUGUAUUGAUAUCUGGAUAUUAUUUCAAGAUUUACUAACAUCCGAUAUAGACAAUCAUUCAGGUUCUUCAAGUCUAUCAGCUGAACAAUUAACUCAACUUUUAACACAAGUCUAUCGAAAGAUGUCAUCAUCUGCACGAAAGUCGUCUGUUAAGUCGUCGUCAUCACCAUCAUCAUUAUCAGCCGCCUCAUCUGUUGUACGUGAUUCCCAAUCUGAUUUAUCCGAUGAAUGCUCUUUAAUGUUACAAAAUAAUUCUCAACAAACUGUACAAGUUAUUCUACACGUGUUAACACUGUUAGCAUGUCAUUUAUGUGAAAAAAUUGGUUCGUGUAUAUUGAAUAAUCAUUUGUCUAUACAAAAUGGUCGGUCAAUGAUUAUGGAUAUGCUAGAACAAGUAUUUGGUCAAAUUUUGUAUAAAUGUAUCAUUUUACAAUAUGAUCGAAAGCUACAUACAAGUUCGUCAUCAUCAUCAUCAUCAUCAUCAUCGUCGCCACCACAAAUGUCGUCGUCUAUUCCUUCAGCAUCGUUUAUUGUAUAUGUAAAGUGUUGCUUAGAAGCAUUUUCAGAUUGUCUUAACUCUGCUAUCAAAGUUUGUCCAAGUGAAAAUAAUCCAAAUUGGUCAAAUCAACUUAUCAACUUAUUUCUAAUCUGGUUCACUUCUAAAGCCUUCGUGUUAAACAAUUUUCCGCAUAGUUUAAAAACUGUCUCAAUGUCUACAAUCCCAUCCAGUAGUUGUGAUAUGAAAUCUAGUAAUUAUACACAAGUUCAAACCAAUAAAAUAUGUCUACCACUCAUUGUCUAUUCAGCAUUAAUGAUGAAUAAACUCAGUGAGAAGGGAGAAAUCACUUCAGAAGUACAAGGAGCCAAAGGAGACGAUCAAGAUGACCACAAGAAGGCGGAGAAGGAGGAGGAAGGGGAUGGAGAUGGCGAGCCAACAUUGAAAUGGUGUUUAUCCUCCUUGAUAUCUAUGCAUAAUAUUGUCUGGAGACCAAAUCUGGAGUGUUUAGAUGCAAUGAUUAUGCUGUUAUUGAACUGUGAUCAUUCUGUCAAUGAUAAAUGCAUGAAAAGAUUAGCUUCGAAUUUCAGCGUUCGUCUACUUCAUACUGUUCAAUAUUGGUUGAUGGAUCAAAGUACAGUACAAUCGACUGAAGUACCAGAAUUACGUAGCUGGUUAAGCGUGACUCCUCCUCCUACUACCACAAUUACCAACAAUGCACUGCAUCAAAUUGAAAAAUCAAUGAUUAAAAUCGAUAAGGCUUAUGUGAAUUCGUUGACAUUUUUAUUAGUAUUAAUUACUUCAGGUUUACAGACAAGUUCUAGUAAAGGCAUAAAAGUUCAAUUGAAAACUAUCAUGGAGAAUAUUCUCAGUUCAUUAGAUUUAUCUAUAGUCAGUGAUACGUGUUAUUUAUACAUUUUAUCUUAUCUAACUGAACAAUAUUUCCCUGUACAUUGUGUUCUAAUGCCACCAACAACUAUGGAAGGACGUUUAUUUGGUCUAUUGGCUGCUGCUGGUGGUAUGAUAUCCAAAUCAUCAUUAUCCUCAGAAUCGUCCAUUUUCUCACAGAAUUCGCCAAUGCCAACGUCAACAACAACAACAACUGGACUUUAUCCUAGUCUUUCUAGUCUACAUGCAACCAGUCAUCAUCGGUCAACUACACCAGGGAUUAUAGCUCUACACUAUUGUAAACGUUUAGCUUAUCUACGUAAAAUAACAAGCCUUCUAGGCUAUGCUGUACUAUGUGGUGGUGGUGAAGAUGGUAACAAACAAUCGUUGAAUAAUCGAUUGGAUCGAUUAUUUAUGUCUGAUGAUUUUGCAAGUUUAUUUAUGAAAAAAUAUGAUCGCCAGUCGUCUUCCUCCUCAUCAUCAGCGUCGUCAUCGUCGAUGAAAUCAGAGUCGAACUCGUCGAUGCUAUCUACCCUGUGGAAUAGAAUGUCAUCAAUGCUGCCUAGUAGUAGUUUGACAAGCAAUAGAAAUCCUAUCAGCACACUAAGAGAUCGUCUGUCAUUAUCUACAGGCGAUGAUAAUAUGAAAAUCAAUGCCGAUAAUAAGCAUAGUGUUACUUCUCAAUCUGUAAAGCUUUUAACUUGGUUACGUGUAUGCAAUUUACUGUCUGAAUUGGAAGCUGUCACAGGUCAUACUGGUUGGGAACCGUCAACUUCACAAGAAUUUAAAAAGAUUACUGAAUUGUGUAACGAAGUGAUUAGCUUAGUGAAUCGGUCAAGUUCACGAGUGGAAUUUCUCUCUAAGGUGUCGACAGUAGCAAUCAAUAAAAAGGAUGUUGCCCGUACAACAACAACAACAACACCAGAUCUCUUUGUCAAUGCUAUCAUCUUCUGGUUGUUGAGUAACUUGAAUGUAAACACACGGAUGAUGGGUGUCAUUGGAAAUGAUUUGUCUAUUUUAACGUCAACCACCCGAUCAGCGGCAGCAGCAGGAGCAUCACUGUGUCAUCGUCGUGAGUCAGAAUCACUUGAUUCUAGUGUUAUGCCGCAUUCAAUGAAUGCCCGCCUGUCUAGACCCUUCAUUCAUUGUAUAUUGUCAAUGAAUUCACCUAUAGAUCAAGAGACAACAAGUCGUUUUGCACAAUUGUUGAAUGCUACUAUUUGGUCUGUUAUUGAUAAUGCUCCAAAUGAAAUUUUAUCCAAAGAUCGAUUUUGGGGUAUCUAUGAAAUCUACUCACACAACUAUUUUAUCCAAAAUAAAUCAAGUUUAAUCCAUUCAGAUUUAUUGAUUUCUAUGUGUAUUCAAAAUAGUCUACAUUUGCCGUUACUCUUUACAAGUUUAAGUCGGCUGGAUUAUUUCUACAGGAGGACAAGUAUGAUGUUGAAUCGAAACAGUGAUAGCGGUGAUACUACUACUACUAUACUACUACUACGCCUCCUCCUCCUCCUCCGAUAGUUUCAGCUAAUGAAUACAAUGUCAUUAUAGCCGAUUGUAUGCAUUGGUUACAUUCCCUUGGAAUUGGUUAUAUAAAUGAAGGCAUUGAUGGUCAAUCAUUUCAACUGAAUGGAUGGAUUCUACUGGUUAAUUUCAUAAUUAACUUGAUUACCACACGGAGAAUGAAUUCAAGCACUAGCAAUGAACCAUGCUGUUCUAAACAUCCUGCAUGGUCUACACAGCCCUCUAAUAAUAAUGGCAAUGAUGAUAAGAAUAGUAGUGCCAGUAACACUGAUGAUGAUAAUAAUAAUAAUAUCUGUCCAGCUGAAUUCCAUUGUAAACGUCUGUCGACUAUAUUUAAUGAAUUUAAAACUACUCUUAUCACACAAUGGAAACGAAAACAAGCCAAGCUGUUGACAGAAGAUCAAAUUCAACGAAUUACAAAGAUGUACAAUUUCUUGGAUUGUCUGUGUUGUCUUAUCGAUGCAUGGAUGAUAAAUACUAGUUCAUCACAUGGUAUGAAGAAUUUAGAAAAACUCUGCUCACAGCCUCCUCCUCAUCCUCAUCCUCAUCUCCCUCCUACUUCUUCAUCAUCAUCACCAUCAUCAUUAUCGUCGUCAUUAUCAGCAGAUCUAUCGAAUAUAGAAGAAGGCUGUGAUUCAUCGUCGAAACAACCACCAUCAGAAGCAUCAAUCAUCCAAGAAUCAAAUCCAUCUUUAACAUCUUCUAUCGUUUCAUCUCUAUUAAUCCGUUUGAAAUCAUUCACCCUUCUUGAAGCUUAUCGUUAUGUAUGCCUUCAAUUUUGGAAUGAUCUUAAACCGUACGUCAAAGAAAUCCUACAAAUGUCUCUAACACUUUCAUCACACAUAUAACUGCUUCCUCGUCUUCCUCUUCGUCAUUACCAAGAAUAUCAUAAUCGACAUGUUCUGUGUUCACUCACUCAUUGUUGAUCACACAGUUUGAUUGCCUUUCAAUUCGUUCCUCUAAUGAAUAAGUCACUAUAACACAUGACUUUUAUCUCCUUUAUUUGAGUCUGUAUAUUCACGUAUGUGUAUGUAUGUGUGCGUGUGUGGGUGUGUGUGUGCGCAUACGUUUGUACUUAUUCAUAAACUUUGUCAAGACAAUUUAUUUAUUUACUUAUGCAGUACCUUCUAAAAGUGUAAUUUCUAUGCUAACUCUGCGUUGUGCGACGUCAUCCAUGUUAGUUAAUCAUGCUUUCUCCCCCAGCGCUUCCUGCGCCCCACUCCCCGCCCUUCCUACUUCAGUAAUUGUGAUUAUCACUCCCCACACACACACACACACCGACUCCUAAAAUCUUUCUUUUUUUUGUUUAUGAUGUCUUUCAUUGUGAUAAGAGAACAGUGUUUAUUACAGACGAGUUCAUUCGUGGGUGGGUGUGUGUAUGUGUGAGUGAGUGAGUGAGUGAGGGAGGGAGGGAGGGAACGUUUGAUUUUAUCACAUUUCUUUUUGUAAUUAAUUUCAGAGAGAGUACACAUUUUCAAAUAAAAUAUUUUCAUGUUUUUCUGUUUCAC